UUUUUUUUAAAAAAAAAAAAAAAAAAAAAAAUAAAAAAAAAAAAAAGAGAAACCUGCCAUAAAAAAAAAUGAGGUUUCAUUUCUCGGCAUUGAUAAUUAUUAAAUAAUCAUUAGAAUGAAACUAUCUUGUUGUAUUGUUUUUGCCCUUUUUUUUUUCAGGUAUUUUAUUUAUUAAAAAUUAAAAAAAAUGUCUGCUACAAUAAGAAAACAACCGAUUACUGUUCCAUGUAAAUAUAAGACUGGAAAAGUGCUUGGAAAUGGUACUUAUGCUACUGUGAAAGAGGCAAUGCAUAUUGAAACCAAAAAAUUUUAUGCUGUUAAAGUAAUUAGUAAAAAAUUGAUGGAAGGACGUGAACAUAUGGUUCGUAAUGAAAUCAAUAUUUUACGUAAAGUAUCUGAAGGACAUAAGAAUAUUUUGAGUUUAGUAGAUUAUUUCGAAACUAUGAAUAAUUUGUAUUUGGUUACUGAUUUAGCUAUGGGAGGUGAAUUAUUUGAUCGAAUUUGUCAAAAAGGCAGUUAUACUGAACAAGAUGCUGCCAAUAUUAUUCGAACUGUUUGUGAUGCUGUCGCUUAUCUUCAUGAUAAUGGAGUAGUACAUAGAGAUUUAAAGCCUGAAAAUCUUAUUUUCCGUACAGCCGAUGAAGACUCUGAUCUUUUAGUUGCAGAUUUUGGCUUAUCUCGUAUUAUUGAUAGUGAGAAGUUUGAUGUUUUAAGAACAACAUGUGGUACACCUGGUUAUAUGGCACCUGAGAUAUUUAAACGAGUGGGGCAUGGUAAACCUGUUGACAUGUGGGCUAUUGGAGUUAUUACAUACUUUUUAUUAUGUGGUUAUACACCCUUUGAUGGUGGUAAUACAGUUGAAGAUAUGAAUACGAUUAUAAGAGCUGAUUAUCAGUUCCAUGAAGAAUAUUGGAAGGAUAUUAGUGAUAAAGCAAAACAUUUUAUUCAGCGUUGUCUGACGGUAAACCCUGAAGAACGUAUUACUGCUCAUGAAGCAUUAAAUCAUCCAUGGUUAAGUACUAAAAAUGACUUUACACAACAAGAUUUGUUACCUAAUGUACGUCAAAACUUCAAUGCACGUCGUACAUUUAAAAAGGCAGUUGAUUUAGUACGAUUAUCUUAUCAAUUACGCCAUAAACAACUCAUGUCAUCUGCUUCCAAAUCAAAUAUAACAAAUAGUAGUAAAGAAGCAAAAGAAGCCGAAAAAGAAAUUAAGCCUGUGAAUGAAGGCAUUGAACAUGUUUUAAAGACAGAAGAAUAAAAAAAGAAAAUUGAAGAA